AUGAUGAUGAAAAAGAAGAAGAAUAACAAGAAGAAGAAAGAGGAGGAGGAUUUUAAGAAAAGGAUGAUGAAGAAGAAGAAGAAGGAGGAGAUGACGAAGAAGAAGAAGAAGAAGAAAAAGAAGGGAAUAAGAGAACGGAGAAGAAAAAGAAGGAGGAGGAUGGAAUGGAAUACGGGAGAAGAAGAAGGGAAUAAGAGAACGAAAAAUAAAAGGAAGGAGGAGGAGGAGGGAAUGGAAUACGGGGAGAAGAAGAAGAAAAUAAGGAAACGAGAGAAGACUGAAGAUGCGGAGGAAGAGAAUAAGAAAAUAAGGAAGAAGGAGAAUAUUGUAACAAGGAGGAGAAGAAGCAAAAGAACAAGAAGAAAGAAAAGGAGGGCGAGUAGUAGAAGUAGAUAA